UUUAUUUCCAAAUGAAAUUUUUUUUAGUGUAUCUGGUGAUAGUGAUAGUGCAUUCACUGUUUACUGAGCAUUGAAUGAAAUUUGAUCUUAUGAAAUGGAGCAAUGAUGUUAUAUGUCAGGUACGUACAAAGGCUUCAAAGAUAGUUGAUAAAAAACUUUGGAACAAGCAUAAAUAAAAGCAACUGCAUUUAUAAAAAUUUCAUCAAAUAUUUCAUUUUUACCAACGUGAGCAGUCGUUAUGCUGCACAUAAUUUCAUAAUAAUUAAAAAAGGAUUUGUAAAAACGGUAGUGAGGAUAAGAUAUUAGUACAAUUUAAAGCCACUACAUAUUAAGCCCUGGCAUAUGUGACUAAAAACACUGUUUACUUUUUCCUUCACAAUUUAAAAUGUUAAAGACUUAUUUGUAUUUAAUUGUAGUUAUUCAUCUGUGUAUAGUAAAUAUAAGAGUAGUGCUUGCAGAUAAUGAUGAACAUGUACAUAUCAAAGUGCAUGUACCAAAUGUAGUACGUAAAUAUGCACAUAAAAAACUAAAGUUGCAUUACUUGCCCCGCUACAAUACAAUAACUCCACAUUACUCACAAACAGUUUUGCCUCCAGCCAAUACUUUUGAUCUCUUUCCCGGCGCCCACGAAAUUACGCCUUACUUAUCCAACAGUUUUUCCCCACUAACAAUGGAAACAGAUUUUUCAUCUAGCAGCAAAUAUGGACCUGCAGUUUUUCAAACCGAUCCCGACACUACCAAACAACAAAUACGCAUGCCAACUUUACCAUUGCCACCUUCAGUAUCCGCGCUAACUGCUGCGCCUACCUUUACAACAACGUCAACAGAUUCAACAUCAAAUCAGCAUAUGAUGCAGCAUAUGUUUACACCAGAUAUGUUGACAACCCUUACGGACAAUGGUAUUGAUACAAAUAUGUUAACAACCGAUGACUUCUUCGCUGAACUACAAAGGCAAUAUGCACAAAUCUAUCCUCCGCCAGAUAUGCUGGCCGAAGUUUUGGCACAAACUAAAACGCCUGUGGUGCGUAAACGUAAGAAAUAUGCCAAUCUCCUUAAUACGGAUGAUGCAUAUACCGCUGCAACAUUACAACCGCAAAAGCUAAAGCAACAAACUUUCAAAACCCACAACAACAACAACAAGUACUAUCAACCACAACAGCAGCAGCAAUUUUCAUAUACCAACAGCAAUAGUUACAAUGACAAUUUGAACUUUGAGCAUUUUGGCAUUUUAGACGAUUCGGAUGAGUUUGCUGCCGAUACCUCAGCUUCGGUGGCGGUAGACGAAUUUGAGGAAAAUAAUUCUGACUCCAAUGAGGAAACAAAUAACUUCAGUAGCGGUCCAAGUUAUAGGCAUCAUUAUUCAGGUUAUAACUUUCCCAAACCAACAAUAUCAACACGGUUAAGUUCACGACAACAGCAACAGCAACAACAACAGCAGCAGCAGCAACAACAACAAUAUGACCAACAACAAAAACAACUGCAUCAGCAAGAACAAUAUUUGCAAGAGCAAUUGCAACAGCAAUUGUUACAACAACAAAAGCAUGGACAGCUUUUAAUGCCUGCAGGAAUACGCUUAGCAUCUUCAACACCAAUUAGUAGCAGCAUGACAAAUGUUGCAUCUACAGCCACAUUGGGCAAUGAACAUGAACUGCAGCAACCAACACAAAAGCAAAUGCAUGAGGAAUACCAACUUCAACAGCAACAGCAACAACAGCAACAACAACAACAAAAAUUGCGUACAAAAAACUAUAAAAAUCGCAUUAAAUCAAAACAUAAUCGCGUCAUUUUGCCGUAAACUCACAAGGAUCAAAAGUAAAAGUAGUAAAUCAAUCCUUUUGUCUAAAAUGAUUGCAACGUUUUCUUAAAUUUAAUGCA